GGCCGCGGCUGACUUAACCCAGCGCGGGCUUCUUCACCGCCACCUCUGCCAAGCAGAUGGGUUGCGCGGCCACUGUGGGAGCCAGCAUAGACCUCUGCGGCAACACUUUGAACAUGGCCGACCACAGCCCUGCGGAGCCGAGCCUGGCGGCAGCAGCGAACAAAAUAAUGUCCGAAGGUGAUGGCGCCGACCCCGACGGUGCGCCCGGCGAUUCUGACAGCACUGCUGCUCAGGAGACCCAAACCCCUGUGGAGAACACGCCAAAGCCAAAGAGCGACUUUAUGGAGAGCCUGCCAAACUCCGUGAAAUGCCGGGUGCUGGCCCUUAAAAAGCUACAGGAACAGUGCAGUAAGAUAGAAGCUAAGUACCAGAAGGAAUUUCAUGCACUGGAAAGGAAGUAUAGCGAGAUCUGUAAGCCCCUCCUCGCCAAGGUCCAAGAGCUCAGGAGCGAGGUGAAGAGCUGUGCCUGGACCCUGGAAGGGGAGGAGGAGGACGAGGAGGAGUACGAAGAUGCGGAGGAGGGUGAGCAGGAGGAGGUGGAGGGGGCGGCGGCGGCCGCACGCGACUCCGACCCCCACGCCGAGGUGCCUGAGGACGCCGAGAAGUAAGGGGACGGCGGUGCCGAGACGCGGAGAGCCGGCGACAGACCAACCCCAUUCGUGUUAUUAUUAUGACUUUUAAUACUGUAUUGGUGGACUUUUAAAAAGGCUCAGUUUUUUGGACCAAAAUACAAUGUGAAUUUAUCCUCACAUUUCUAAAAUAGAUUCAAAAGGCAGCAAUCAGAUCCUGGCCAGCCCGUUUCCAAUCCGACUCCAAUUGGGACCACAGUAAAUAUCUCGCAAGGUAUCCAAGAAAGCCGACUUCAGCUUCCGUCGAUUUUGCUUGGCUUGGCUUCUCUCCGCUGCGAGGGUCGCGGCUGAGGCAGGAGAGGCGUCUGGAGCUGGAAGGGCUCCUCAGCGCGGGCUUUGCACCGCGCGCACUGCACAGCACCCAGCCCAGCCGGAGCCCGGACUCAGCGCUUCAUCCUUACAUUUCUGGUCCCGACACUGCCCAGUGCUGAAGGCAGAGCCCAGAAAACACCACCUUCGAGCCCUGGUUUCCGUAAGCCAGACCUCAGCAGCUUUGCACUGCAGGGGAGAGUGAGGCGGCGGUGGGAUCCUGACCACUCUUGAGUUCUGAAUACUGAGAGAGGUGUGUUCCCCGAAGGGAGAGUGUCCAACCUGUAUAAUGUCGUUGACAUCUGUUCUCCUCAGUUCCCACAUGUUGAUGUCUUUUCUGGGUAGUGUCUUGUUUAUGAAGAUUUAAAGAUACCCCCCGACGUUUAAGUAUUUGAAUCACGUCCCCUAGUAUUUCAGAAGUGUUAAUUUACUCGAAGAGAUGUAGAACGUAGCAUAUCCUGUAAAGCAUGUGUAUCCAUCCAGUGUUACAUAGUUUGAUCUUUGUGAAGUCUUUCUGUCAAGUAGCUUUUAGAACUCCUCAAUGAAGCUAACGUUUGGAAAAAAUAUAUACUUGAAGAACCAAUCUAAAUGUGUGCCCUUACCCCAGCUCAGAAUUAUAAAGGGUUUAAGUUUGCUUGUAUUAGCUGUGCCUUCAUUAUUUUGCUAUGUAAAUGUGAAAUAUUGAAUAUAAAAUGGUGCAUAAUUGAAUUUUACUGCUUGAGGAUAGACUGGCAUACAGGAAGGACUUUUAGGAAGAAGGCAUUUCACAUAAAGACUUAGCUUCUUUGUGGGUUUUGAAUUAUGUGUGAGCCAGUGAUCUAUAAAGAAACAAAGUUGUUUACCACUGUGGUAUUAAUAAAACAGUAUUUUCAA